AUGGCUGAAAGUGAUGGAAAAGAAAAAAUUAAAUGGACAACCACCAUUAUUAUUAGCUCAUCUCUUAAGAGUUAUGAAGUUGCAACUGCCCUAGAAAAUCGAAGCCAUAAGGUUCGGUAUUCAGAUUCAGUGGAAAAUGGAUCAAUUAUAUUUUCUCUUUCUGGAGUUGCAUUUUUACUGAUGGAUGCUAAGAAAUGCUUUAUGUCUGCUGAAGAAACUGAAGAAACAUUUCUAGCCAAAAUUGGGAAGUUUAUUAACAUUCACCGAAAUAGUUUUUUGGUUCUGUCUGCUGCCCUGCAUGGGCCUGAGGAAUGGAAACUGAUGUUCAGGAUUCAGCAGAGAUUCCUGGGUAGUAACCUACGGAUACUUCCAGUACACAACACAAUAAAUGCUAUUAAUCUUAUGUGCACCAUAGCUAAGAUCACCUCCAAACCACACACAGAUAGCAUCUGCUACAGAAUGAUAACAACUAAAGCUUACAUCAUUGAGCAAAGUCCAGUUUGGAAAACACUUCAAAAGAUAAAACUGAGUAGUGAUACAUUUAACCCAAAUUAG